UCACCAUCCUAGGUGAAAGACUGUGAGUGCGGACACUCGAACUCGACUGGAAGUUGACGUCUUCGCAUAUCAAAGUCGCAACUUCCUCAGGGAGUACGAGGACUGUCGCCCUUCCAUCUAUAGGAUUCACAAGUUUCUACUAGAACAUCCGGCUCCAUAUCAUCAUCAAACAACAUUGCUAUCCGAGACAACACAUUGUUUCGACUCACGACGCAAAGAUCCUCGUAAGCUGUUAAUAGCCAUUUUUUAAAUCGACAAAUACACCAUUUACCCCCGACGAGACCCAUAACGCGAACUAUGUCUUCCCCAGGCGUCCGCGACGGCCAGCUUACUGGGACCAUCACCACAAUGUCCGACUCUGAUUCGGAAGCCUUUGGGCUCGAUCCUACCGUUGAAGAUGCAUCUACAAACGCUGCCGUCGACACACCCGCCAGUGUUCUUGAUGGUGCUUCUGUCAAAGCACCCGAUUACAUUGUCGCCGAUGAGCCAGCGACAGAUUCCGUCCCACGUCCAACCAGACGCACACGCUUUGUGCUGAUUUCAGAUGCCCACGGAGAAGUUCCUAGAGAGGAGAUCCCCGAUGGCGAUGUUCUCAUACACGCUAGAGGCUUGUCCAAAGAUGGCGACUACAAGGACUUGUACCGUACAUUGAUGUGGAUGAACGAAAGAGGCUAUGAGAAAAUUAUCUUCAUUGCAGGUGAGUUGGGCAAAUUGAGGUUGUGCACGCCAACAACUAAUCGGGAUUCUCAGGAAUCAAUGAUGUUACCCUCGACAAGUAGUUUUGCGAAGACUCUGAGAGGAACGAUCGUAUCUCACAAGAGCGGCGAAACCAAGGAGCUGGGGGGAUGAUUGGUAUGAUGACUGGUUUUGGUCACGGCAUAGUGUACCUACAUCACAGCUCUGAGACCAUUCAGCUUCAUGAACCUACUGGACCACAGACGACCUUCAGGAUAUUCGGUAGUCCGUAUG